GGCUGCCAUCACUAUUUAUCAGAAAGCACAGCUACUUUUUCCGUGCUUCUUCUUUCGCAAAAAUUCUUGUUAAAAACAAAAAAUAAAUAGUUAAAGUAGUGCUGCAGUUGAAUUGAACUCAAAGCCGAAACAUUAAGGAGAUCAGAACACUAGCCCAGCCAUGGAGGAUCAUAAUAGCGCCCACUUGUCGGAGCCCGCUUCUCCAGCCGCAUCUGUGGCAUCUGCAGAAAUUGCCGCCGAGUUUGCAGCGCUCACCAUUGAGGAGAAGGAACAGCGACGCGCCGAAUGGAGCCAGGAGCUGGCACGCGUUGAGGAAGAGAUCAAUACGUUGCGCACGGUGCUGGCCUCCAAGACGCGCCAUGCUUCCGACUUGAAGCGCAAGCUGGGCAUUACCGUCUGGAAGGAGCUAACCGACGAUGUCAAUCAGGGCGUUAAGAAUCUUAAAGAGAGUCACGUUUACCAAUCGAUGGAACAGAGCGUGGGCAGCAUAUCUAAAGCAGUGCACGAGGCACCACUUUUCCAACGCACUGAAUCAGUGCUCAAGACCACUGGCGAGAAAACGGCUUCAGUUUUUGGCAGCAUUACGAGCGGCAUUACGACCAAAUUCUCACAAAUGAAAAAUUCUGAAUCGAUGCGUUCAAUUGAAGCUUCGGUCGGCUCUGCCUAUGAGAACGUUAAAGUAAGCUAUGAACAGAACAAUUUUUUGUGCCAAUCUCAUGCGGCUUUGGGUCGUGUAGCUAAAUGGCGUAACUGACAAAUAUUCCAAAUUAAUUUAAAGCUAUUUAAACAAUGAAAGAAACAAAUGGAGCUUGCAAGCUAAAUAAAUAAAUACAUUGGUUAUAUUUAGAAGAAAAACAGCACCAAUAAUGUAAAAAAUUGAAUGCACAUACACACAUUACUGAUUCGUUGCAACUACACUUGAUUUAAGAUUUGCUAUAUGUGUAUGGGAUCUUUAAAUAAAUACGAAAGUUUUGUGCCCCAACUUAAA